AGAGAGAACAACAAAUAGUAAAAGUGCCAAAGUGAAAAACAUAAUUGACAACUCUCGGAAUUUGGUCGGACGUAGGGCUGAUAUUUUAUUUGUCAAAAGCGGUGAAGAAUGGGCUGGCGAUCCCGACCCCCGCGAACUGGCUGAAUGCCGCGCGACUCGGGGAGAAAAAGGCGGCGUUACACGGGGCCGACGUUUGCGGGGUACGCCGUGGCAAGAGGGGUAAGGACUGCCUAUAUUAAUGUCAUGCCGAGCUGAUGACUGGAGGCGUUUUAUCUGUUAACCUUGACGUGUGUGGUGAUAUCUUCAUUGAUUCGGACUUUUUUUGUUCACACGAGCGGGGCUAUAUCGCUGUAUAAGUGCAGUUGCUGGGUUUACUGUACAGAACACUAGUAGGAACAUCCCAGGUCGGACAACAAAGCGUUAAAGCGGAGCUCCACCUGUUCAACAUGGCGCCUACGAAUCACACGCUGGCCACCAUCUUGCUCUUGUGCUGUGCCCUGUCCGUGGCCCUGCUCCCUAGCAGCGCCGGUAGGCUGCAGAGCACAUGCGCAGUGGGGACCACCUCGAUCAGGAUCCAGGAAGAGUUCGUGGACGAGGAUGGCGGGGAAGUGGUCUACUGCAGGGGCACAGCGACGGUCAACAAGUGCGAAGGGACAUGUAUCUCACAAUCGACACCGAGUAUUGUGUCACCAACGGGAUAUUCAAAGGAUUGCAGCUGCUGUCGGGAGGAGAGACUGGUAUCCCAAGACGUAAUACUGACGGAAUGCUACGACAGCGCUGGUAACGCUCUAUUGGGCCGGAGUUACCCAGUACAAGUUCCCGAGCCAGACUCCUGCCGCUGUCAACGAUGCUCGCUUUAACGCGGUAUUAUACCAGAGUGUCGGAGAAAGGCCCAUUUAGGAAUUGGGGGAAAAAUCUGCCCAUUUACGAAUAAUACCGUGCCUGAUAUUUUGGGGUUCGUCAAUUUCCAUUAUCAUUGUCAAUUUUUUUUUUUUUAAUUAUCUCCCAGUUAUUAUUUUCACCUUUCUUCAACUUGAUGAACAUUAAUAUGUCGAAAAGAAUUAUGUGCUUAAACGCCUCUUAAAUGUAGAAAUAUGGACGAGUUAGCUUACCAAGCAAAGUUAGACUAGGAAAUAUGACACUCUCUCGAAAUAUGUAUCAAAAGCAAGGAGGUUUUUUCUUUAGUUUAUCUCAUAUGGAUGCGUUUUGCUAUUUUUGUGAAAUUCUAAAUGGGUCUGUUCUCCCAAUAAAACUUACCGACGAUUAACACGACCGAGAUACUGAGUUCACCUGUCAAGGUAGAAAGGUGUAUAAUUUCAUCUGUCAAUGGUUGAUUUCAGAGGGGGCUGUUUGAAUAGCUGAACAGCCAACAAAAUGGGGUAUUGUCUAUAAAAAAAAAAAA